CGACCUUGAUUUACAGCGCCACACCUACGUCACUCAUUUCAGAUUGCGGAAGCGAAGGGCGCUCAUCUCAACUUUCUUGCAGCAAAAACCUCAAAACUAACUCACAAUGGCAGACCAAGCCCACGCCGCAGUUGUGAAGUCGGCAGCCACGUUUGACCACAGUCAACUGAAGCAUACUGAAACGGAAGAGAAGAACCCCUUGCCAACAAAAGAAGAUGUAAAAGAAGAGAAGAAAAGACAAAGCUUGCUAGAUGAGGUGGCAAACUUCCAGUCCGAGAACUUGUCUCCGACUCAGACCAAGGAGAGGGUUGUCCUUCCAGACUCCAUCACGCUAAAACAGGCCAAACAGCACCAGACCUUUAUCCAGAGUGUGGAAGGACACAGCAAGAAUAACCUGCGCCAUGCUGAAACCCUGGAGAAAAAUUCCCUGCCCGAUCCUACCAGUAAGUAUCCCAGCAUGCUUUGCAUGGUAACCCCUCAUCACAUGUUCGUAUAACUGAAUGGCUUUUUCUCAAACAGUCGAGUGUAUUGUACUUAAAUUUUGUGGGUGGUGUUGUGAGUUUUCAGUUUUGAAGCCGUCAUUCAGAUUUGACUACAGAUUGUGUAUUUGGGCUAGAUGUCAAAUCUUAACUUUGGUGUUAAUUUGAGAUUCAAAUCAUACAUG